AUGGCAAUGGAGAUGGCCAUAAGAUCUUCAGUUACAGCAAGACUCUCUCCUCCUUCAACUUCUUCAACAGCCAAACCUUCUUUCUUUAAACCUCAUCAGUGGAGACCCAUCUCUGUAUCACUGCCAACCUCAACAUUAACCAUCUCUCUUUUGGCUCUCUUUACACCUCCCAAUGAAGCCAAAGCUCUCACUAUUUCCAAGGACCAGGUUGUCUCUACACUCACUGAUGUGGAGAAUGCAAUUGAUCGGGUUGUGGACUUUGGUUCAAGUGUGUUGGACAGUGCACAGAGAGUUUUCGAAGGUGUCAGUAAUACCCUGAAGCCUGGCAUAGAUGUUGCAUUACCAAUUGCAAAGCAAGCUGGAGAACAGGCAAUUAAGAUUGCUUCUCCUGCAAUUUCUGAGGCCUCAAAGAAAGCCCUAGAAGCUAUUCAAAGUACUGCUAUUGACAUAGAGCCAGUUCUUGGUGUUGCCAAGACAGUAGUAAGUGCUGCUCAACAGAUAACUAAGGUAAUUGAAGAGGUGAAGCCCGUGGCUUCAUCGACUGUUGAAACCAUUACAUCGGCAGACCCUGUUGUGAUUGUAGGAACUGGUGGAGCAGUUUUUCUAGUAUACCUCCUCUUUCCACCCGUAUGGUCUGCUAUCUCAUUCAACCUGCGUGGUUACAAAGGUGAGCUUACUCCAGCCCAAACCCUUGAUCUGAUGUCGACCAAAAAGUACAUUAUGAUCGACAUUAGAUCAGAGAAAGACAAGAACAAGGCUGGCAUCCCACGCCUUCCCUCCAGUGCUAAGAACCAGAUGGUUGCAAUUCCUUUGGAGGAACUGCCAAGCAAAUUGAAAGGCCUCGUCAGAAAUGUCAAGAAAGUAGAAGCUGAAAUAGCAGCUUUAAAGAUUUCAUAUCUGAAGAAAAUUAACAAAGGCUCCAACAUUGUCAUCAUGGACUCGUACUCAGAUUCAGCAAAGAUAGUUGCCAGAGUGCUAACAAGUUUGGGUUUCAAGAACUGCUGGACUGUUUCUGGUGGGUUUUCUGGAGGCAGAGGAUGGUUACAAAGUCGGUUAGGAGUGGAUUCAUAUAAUAUAUCUUUUGCUGAGGUUUUCAGACCAUCGCGAAUAAUCCCGGUAGCAGCCGGACGUUUUGGUACAACCAGCUCAAAGUUGCUUCCUGGCGGCGAUUAA